AUGAAGGUUCAAUAUCCCUCGGCUCCAACGCUCUGCUUCUGGCUGUCGCUCGCACGUACCGUCCUCGGAGAGCCAAUCCCUGCUCCUACGGGCGAGUACAACGUCGGUGCCGAGCGGUUUGUUGUUCCCUUCUUGGACGAGAAAGACGUCGUGUGGCCGAACGGUGUUUCGACCGAAUAUCUCGUCACGCUGUACUAUCCCACUGCAGAUGAGAAACCUUGCCCGAAGCCAUACCUCGAGGCCGAGCUAACCGAGUUGUACGCCGAUUUAUGGACCUAUAAUGUCUCCCACCUAACAUCGACGGUGCGGUGGAAUGCCACUUAUUUAGACGAUGGAACGGGCCCCACGCUUCUCUUCGGCCCCGGUGGUUGGGGCCCGCCGACUGAUGGUAACUACAUUGUCAUCUCUGACCUCGUCUCUCACGGAUACGUCGUGGCUGCGUUUGAUCACGUUUAUGAGCAACCAUUUGUGCGGUAUCCCAACGGCACCGGCGUCUUUGGCCUCUCGCCGGCUUUCAGCAAUUACACCCUUGACUGGGUAGAGAAGCUGCACGCCAUCAGGAUCAAGCAGCAGCUGCACUUUAUUGAUUACUUUCCCUCUCUGGUGGCUGAGCUCAAGGCACCAUUCAAGUUCAAUGACUUCGGCGCGUUUGGGGUGUCGCUCGGCGGCUCUGCUGCGCUUACCGUGGCACUGGAGAGCGAUGCCGUGGCUGCCGCCAUCAACGUAGACGGCACCAAUUGGGGUCGAUUGAACAGCACGUCCGACUCGGACCUGAGAAAGCCGUCGAUGAUUCUUAGCUUUCAGGGCCACAAUGCAAAUACGGACCGCACCUGGAACAACUACCGGACCUGGCAGACUGGCUGGUGGCGUCUGUUCUCGGUAGACGGAAGCAUGCAUGCCGACUGGUCCGACCUGACGUUUUGGAAGAGUUUUGGCACAACACGUCCAUCGGGACCCGUGGACGGCAACAGAAUGGUUUAUAUCUCGAGGACAUUCAUCAGAGCCUUCUUUGACGAUGUGUUGCUUCAUAUCUCUCAGUCCAUUCUGGAUAGUCCUUCAGAAGACUUCCCCGAAGUGAAAUGGGACGAAAUUCACAAUGAGCAAUGA